AUGCACAAUAUGCCAUCUAUUGUCCAAGUUUCUCUGAAGAAAACAUUAAGCAGAUGUCUCUCCAAGAAGAACUAUAACAAGUUGUUAUAUCGAACCUAUUUCACUCAUUUCAGCAAAAGUAAGAAUCAAAAUGGUUAUGGGAGAGAGAAUACAGAUCCUCGUCUUCCAAACCGUAUUAAUACAAACAUCGCUAUACUUACAAGUGGUUCAUUGCUACUUGCAUACCAUUACUUCUCUACAAAUAACGUUCUUGCAUUGGAUAGCAUUAAAGGAUUAAGGCAGUAUUCUUCAGGAAUGAACGAUAAUGAAAACUCAUCUACUGAGAACAAUAAGAAUUCUGUUAUGCUGUUGACAGAUGAAGAGGUUAACAAGAAGUUACACGAUUUAGAAGAAAGCUUGUUCGUGAACCAAGGAAAAGGUAUUGUACGUUACGAUAUUUCUCAAUUACCUUCUAAUAACCCAAUCGAGGACAACCAUAUUGAACAAAUCCUUACUGUACCUAGAUAUGACAUUGUUGAAGGAAAUGUAUCAAAUUUAGAAGCUUCUGUGGAUGCUGCUCAGUCUAAUUUAUACUUCUUUGGUAUAUUUGACGGUCACAGUGGGCCUUUCACUUCUGCAAAGCUUACAAAAGAUUUGGUAAGGUAUGUUGCCACUCAGUUGAAUGAACUCUUUUCUGUAACUGAAAAUACCGACACAGAACAAUACUCUGCACAAUUUGAUGAUGCGAUUGAAAAAGGGUUUCUGCAGUUGGAUAGCGAUAUUGUUUACGAAUCAUUAAAAAGAUUACUUGACAAACCAACAAAGGAGAAUAUGAUAUCGUCACUACCGGCCAUCAGUGGCUCUUGUGCGUUGUUAUCGGUUUAUGAUUCUAAGAACUCUAUUAUGAAAGUUGCAGUGACUGGUGACUCCAGAGCAUUAAUAUGUGAGCAAUUGCCAUCCGGAGAAUAUACAGUAAAAGCAUUAUCUACCGACCAAACAGGUGAUAACUUGGCUGAAGUGGAAAGAAUCAAGAAUGAGCAUCCAGACGAACCCCAUUGUAUCAAAAACGGUAGAGUACUAGGAUCAUUGCAACCUUCGAGGGCAUUUGGAGACUACCGUUAUAAAGUGAAAGAUAUUGACGGAAAAUCUUUGAACGAAUUACCUGAUCAUGUUAAACUUUAUUUUAGAAAAGAGCCAAGGAACUUCUUAACUCCUCCAUAUGUUACUGCAAGGCCAGAAAUCACCACAACCAAAAUCGACUUGCAAAAAGCGAAAUUCAUGGUUAUGGGAUCUGAUGGUUUAUUUGAAUUAUUAACAAAUGAAGAAAUUGCAGGAUUAGUCAUUAGAUGGAUGGAAAGGCAACCAGUUGCCAAUGAUAUAACCAAGAAAUCGAAACUACUCAAUAAAAAAAUUAAUUUCAAAUUACCAUUAGUGAAUGACUUAUCUACCGAUAAAGAUGCACAAAGGCCUGCAUUCAGAUACAAGAAUGGAAACAAUACGAAGGGUAAGAAUACUCCUGAGUACAUAUUGGAAGAUUUGAAUGUAUCGACUCACUUGAUCAGAAACGCAUUGAGCGCAGGAGGGUCCAAAGAGUAUGUCUCCACAUUAGUUAGCAUCCCAUCACCAAUCUCAAGAAAGUAUAGAGACGAUUUAACAGUCACAGUCGUAUUUUUUGGCAACUCUGAGGACUCAACUGUCAAUACCUCCCAGAUAAAAAACGAUGGACAGAUAGUCACUAACAUCGAUGCCACAACACCACCAAAACCAAGAUUAUAA